AUGGGACAUCUGGAGAUAAUACUAGUAUUAACAUGGAUAACAGGUUGCUUUACCAUAGACAACAAUGCAAAUAGAUUUGACGUGACAGAGAGAGAUGCAGCGUUGGCCUCUUGUGAUUUCAACCAAAAUGAAGAACCGUUCUGCAUCUUCCAACAAGACCCUGCAGAUAAUGGUGACUGGACGCGUCACAGUGGACCCACCCCAACCCCAGGCACUGGACCUGAUGGAGACUAUCCGGAUGGAACUGGCUAUUACAUAUAUCAUGAGGCUGACAACUCCGUAAAUGGACAGAAAGUACGCCUUCUCAGCCCAGUUAUUACUAGCGGACCUUCUGAGAUCUGUGUACAGUUCUACUACUACAUGUAUGGCUCUGACAGCAGUAACACCCUGACUGUGUUUGCCAAACGUCCCGGCUCUGAGGAACAAAUGUGGCAAAAAACUGGGAUACAGAGCCCGUCAUGGCUUGGAGCCUCUGUCACUGUGACCAUACCAGCUGGACAGACUGCUCAGAUUGUGUUUCAAGCAAUGCGUGGGCUCUCCUCAUCAUGUGACACUGCCCUGGAUAACAUUGUCAUCACUGAGGGAGCCUGUGCUGGCUGUAUAGCUGGGUGUGAUUUUGAUGAUGAUGAAUGCGGCUGGACGAAUGUGGUACCUAAUGAUGACAUUUUUGGUUGGGAGUUAUGGACUGGACAGACAGAUACACCAGGCACUGGCCCUGAUGAUGACUUCUCCAAACCAGGAUUGGGGUCAUACCUGUUAAUGGACUCCAGCUUUAGCAUUGAAGGAGAAUCCGCUCAGCUCUGGAGCCCCUCUACCUCAGCCUCUGGUUGCCUACAGCUGGACUUCCAUUACUACAUGUAUGGCAGUGCCACCAACAUGGAGCUAAAUGUCCAUGCAGUCACCACCGGUGGAGCACUUGGAGCCCCUAUUUUCAGCCUCAAAGGAAAUCAAGGUCAGGGCUGGAAGCCUGCAAGCGUUCGCUACAUUGGUUUAGCUGAUUCAGUGGAGUUUGUAAUUGUAGGUGUUUAUGGUGAAACAGACAAGACAGAUAUUGCAAUUGAUAGUGUCUGCAUUACCGCUUGUACAGCAACUCCAACAACACCUAAGCCAUCCCCACCCCAACCCACUACACCUAAACCAUCAACACCACAACCCACUUCACCUAAACCAACGACACCAGGUCCAUCAUCUCCUAAUCCAUCUACACCCCAACCCACUUCACCUAAACCAACGACACCAGGUCCAUCAUCUCCUAAUCCAUCUACACCCCAACCUACUUUACCUAAACCAACGACACCAGGUCCAUCAUCUCCUAAUCCAUCUACACCCCAACCCACCUCACCAACGACACCAGGUCCAUCAUCCCCUAAUCCAUCUACACCCCAACCCACUACACCCAAACCAACAACACCAGGUCCAUCAACUCCUAAACCAACAACACCUAAGCCAACUACUCCAGGACCAACACCACCAGUGAACUGCCCUCCAGACUCUGAGUACAUUGAUUGCGGCCCAGCCUGUAUUCCUACCUGCACAGAACCCUCCACCAACUGCUCUGGUUCUUGCAUCAGCGGCUGCUUCUGUAAACCAGGAUUUGUUUUCCGUGGCCGACGCUGUGUUCCUAUUGAGCAGUGUGGAUGUCUGGAUGAAGAAAACAAUUACUUUGAGCCUGGUGAGAUCAUAUUUGGAGAUGGCUGUUCCAAGUUGUGUCGCUGCGCUGGCAACUACACUUUCGACUGUGUGGAUAACACCUGUGACCCUGUGACGGAAGAAUGUCGGGAGUUUGGUGGAGUGCACGGCUGCUACCCUAAAGGAACCUCCACCUGUAUUGCCUCUGGUGACCCCCAUUAUAACACCUUUGAUAACCGGCGCUAUGACUUCAUGGGAAACUGUUCUUACCUGAUGUCCGAAACUUGUAACAGCACAGACGUGCCUUACUUCGCUGUGUACACAGACAAUGAGAACCGCUACAACAAUCCUCAUAUCAGCUAUGUAAAAGCAGUUCAUGUCCAUGCGCUGGGAGUCGUAGUGUCUGUUCUGAAAGGAGGAACUGUUCAAGUCAAUGGUACCAAUGUGAACAUUCCUCUGAGUCCUGUCAGUGGUGUUGACAUUUUUAUGUCUGGCAAGCACUACACAGUGGCCUUGAACUUUGGAGUAACCGUACGUUAUGACGGAAACCACUAUAUGGACAUUAAAGUUAUCAAGGACUAUGAGGACAAACUUUGUGGACUGUGUGGGGACUACAACGGAGACCCUCAGAAUGACUUCCAGACUCCAACUGGUGAACUGGCCCAAAGCCCCAAUGACUUCGGCCACAGCUGGAACACAGACCCUGAGUGUAACAAGCCAGAGGUUGGCCCAUCCCCUGGGUGUACAGAUGCUGAGCAGGAGUUGUAUGAAGGGCCUGCUUACUGUGGUAUCAUAUUGGACAGCAAUGGCCCAUUCGCUGCUUGCCAUCCAAAAGUCAACCCCAAUGGUUUCUUCCAAGACUGCUUGUUUGAUGUUUGUGAGCUGGAUGGUGCUCAUUCUGCUUUGUGUGAAGCAAUAGAGUCAUACGUCAAUGAAUGUCAGGACCGUGGAGUUACAAUUGGACCCUGGAGAAACAGCACCUUCUGUCCUCUGAAAUGCCCACCCAACAGUCACUUUGAAUCAUGCGCACCAGUUUGCCAGCCUUCCUGCCGUCCAUUUCCACCAAGUCAGUGUAUCGGGCCUUGUUCUGAAGGAUGUGUUUGUGACCCUGGAUAUAUCCUCAGUGCUGGCCAGUGCGUGAAAGAAGAAACAUGUGGUUGCAGCUAUAAUGGAAAUUAUUAUAAGCCAGGUGAAGAGUUCUACACUAAGGACUGUGAAGUACUGUGUAAGUGCGACCCCCCAUUUGUUUCCUGUAAAGCUGCCGACUGCCCACCAAUGGAACAAUGUGGAGUACAGGGUGGUGUAAUUGGGUGUUAUCCACAAGAAUCUCAAGACUGUAUUAUCUCUGGUGAUCCUCAUUAUAACACUUUCGAUGGCAAAUACUACAGCUACAUGGGCACUUGCACCUACACUCUGGCCCGCACCUGCCAAAACAACACUGGCCCCUGGUUCUCCAUAGAGGGUAAGAAUGAAGAGAGAGGAGUUUCUGGUGUUUCUUACCUGAGGAAACUAUACGCGACUGUUGAUGGCAUCGCUGUGACACUGAUGAAAAACAAGAGAACUCUGGUGAAUGGACUCAGGGUGUCUCUUCCUCACUCCCCCUCUCCGCUCAUUUCGCUGUCUCUUGCUGGACAAUAUGUUAUCCUCACAACUCCAUUCGGCCUGGAGGUGCAGUGGGACGGCAACCAUUACGCCAAGAUCUCGGUUCCUAGUUCCUACUAUGACCAGAUGUGCGGCCUGUGCGGGGACUACGAUGGAAACCCCAAUAAUGAUUUCACUAAGCCGGAUGGCUCCCAAACGGACAGCUCCAAUCAGUUUGGUGACAGCUGGCAAACUGAUGAGGAUGAGGAUGCAACGUGCAAGCCGGACCCCGGGCCUCAACCACCCUGCGAUCCUGAGCUGGAGGGUGUCGUGUCAAACUCAGAGAACUGUGGAAGAAUAACUGACACAAACGGAGCAUUUAGGGACUGCAUAAAUGUGGUGGACCCCUUGCCUUUCUUCCAGAGCUGUGUGUUUGAUAUGUGCCGUUAUCAGGGACUACAGCAGGUCCUUUGUGACCAGCUUCAGGCUUACACUGAUGCUUGCCUGAGUGCAGGUGCUCCUGUCCAUCAGUGGAGGGAGCCAGACUUCUGCCCUCUGGAAUGCCCUCCAAACAGCCAUUACUCCAUAUGUGUGAGCUCCUGUCCGGAGACAUGUCUGGGUAUCAAUGGACCACCGGGCUGCAGUGAGAAGUGUGUUGAAGGCUGUGAGUGUGACCCUGGCUUUAUCCUCAGUGACAACAAAUGUGUUCCUCUUAAAGACUGCGGCUGUUUGGACUCCUCAGGCUCCUACCAUCCAGUAAAUGAGAGCUGGUAUCUGGAGGGCUGUACACAGAAGUGUACAUGUGAGGGUGGAGGAAUUAUUCACUGUUACAACACUAGCUGUCUUCCUACUGAGAGCUGCCAACUUCAAGAUGGAGACUAUGUCUGCACACCAAGUGUGAAUCCAUCUACACCCCAACCCACUACACCUAGACCAACUACUCCAGAACCAACACCACCAGUGAACUGCCCUCCAGACUCUGAGUACAUUGAUUGCGGCCCAGCAUGUAUUCCUACCUGCACAGAACCCUCCACCAACUGCUCUGGUUCUUGCAUCAGCGGCUGCUUCUGUAAACCAGGAUUUGUUUUCCGUGGCCGACGCUGUGUUCCUACUGAGCAGUGUGGAUGUCUGGAUGAAGAAAAUAAUUACUUUGAGCCUGGUGAGAUCAUAUUUGGAGAUGGCUGUUCCAAGUUGUGUCGCUGUGCUGGCAACUACACUUUCGACUGUGUGGAUAACACCUGUGACCCUGUGACGGAAGAAUGUCGGGAGUUUGGUGGAGUGCACGGCUGCUACCCUAAAGGAACCUCCACCUGUAUUGCCUCUGGUGACCCCCAUUAUAACACCUUUGAUAACCGGCGCUAUGACUUCAUGGGAAACUGUUCUUACCUGAUGUCCGAAACUUGUAACAGCACAGACGUGCCUUACUUCGCUGUGUACACAGACAACGAGAACCGCUACAACAAUCCUCAUAUCAGCUAUGUAAAAGCAGUUCAUGUCCAUGCGCUGGGAGUCGUAGUGUCUGUUCUGAAAGGAGGAACUGUUCAAGUCAAUGGUACCAAUGUGAACAUUCCUCUGAGUCCUGUCAGUGGUGUUGACAUUUUUAUGUCUGGCAAGCACUACACAGUGGCCUUGAACUUUGGAGUAACUGUACGUUAUGACGGAAACCACUAUAUGGACAUUAAAGUUAUCAAGGACUAUGAGGACAAACUUUGUGGACUGUGUGGGGACUACAACGGAGACCCUCAGAAUGACUUCCAGACUCCAACUGGUGAACUGGUCCAAAGCCCCAAUGACUUCGGCCACAGCUGGAACACAGACCCUGAGUGUAACAAGCCUGAGGUUGGCCCACCCCCAGGGUGUACAGAUGCUGAGCAGGAGUUGUAUGAAGGGUCUGCUUACUGUGGUAUCAUAUUGGACAGCAAUGGCCCCUUUUCUGCUUGCCAUCCAAAAGUCAACCCCAAUGGUUUCUUCCAAGACUGUCUGUUUGACGUUUGUGAGCUGGAUGGUGCUCAUUCUGCUUUGUGUGAAGCAAUAGAGUCAUACGUCAAUGAAUGUCAGGACCGUGGAGUUACAAUUGGACCCUGGAGAAACAGCACCUUCUGUCCUCUGAAAUGCCCACCCAACAGUCACUUUGAAUCAUGCGCACCAGUUUGCCAGCCUUCCUGCCGUCCAUUUCCACCAAGUCAGUGUAUCGGGCCUUGUUCUGAAGGAUGUGUUUGUGACCCUGGAUAUAUCCUCCAGACUCCAACUGAAUCUCAAGACUGUAUUAUCUCUGGUGAUCCUCAUUAUAACACUUUCGAUGGCAAAUACUACAGCUACAUGGGCACUUGCACCUACACUCUGGCCCGCACCUGCCAAAACAACACUGGCCCCUGGUUCUCCAUAGAGGGUAAGAAUGAAGAGAGAGGAGUUUCUGGUGUUUCUUACCUGAGGAAACUAUACAUGACUGUUGAUGGCAUCACUGUGACACUGAUGAAAAACAAGAGAACUCUGGUGAAUGGACUCAGGGUGUCUCUUCCUCACUCCCCCUCUCCACUCAUUUCGCUGUCUCUUGCUGGACUAUAUGUUAUCCUCACAACUCCGUUUGGCCUGGAGGUGCAGUGGGACGGCAACCAUUACGCCAAAAUCUCAGUUCCUAGUUCCUACUAUGACCAGAUGUGCGGCCUGUGUGGGGACUACGAUGAAAACCCCAAUAAUGAUUUCACUAAGCCGGAUGGCUCCCAAACGGACAGCUCAAGUCAGUUUGGUGACAGUUGGCAAACUGAUGAGGAUGAGGAUGCAACGUGCAAGCCGGACCCUGGGCCUCAACCACCCUGCGAUCCUGAGCUGGAGGGUGUCGUGUCAAACCCAGAGAACUGUGGAAGAAUAACUGACACAAACGGAGCAUUUAGGGACUGCAUAAAUGUGGUGGACCCGUUGCCUUUCUUCCAGAGCUGUGUGUUUGAUAUGUGCCGUUAUCAGGGACUACAGCAGGUCCUUUGUGACCAGCUUCAGGCUUACACUGAUGCUUGCCUGAGUGCAGGUGCUCCUGUCCAUCAGUGGAGGGAGCCAGACUUCUGCCCUCUGGAAUGCCCUCCAAACAGCCAUUACUCCAUAUGUGUGAGCUCCUGUCCGGAGACAUGUCUGGGUAUCAAUGGACCACCGGGCUGCAGUGAGAAGUGUGUUGAAGGCUGUGAGUGUGACCCUGGCUUUAUCCUCAGUGACAACAAAUGUGUCCCUGUUAAAGACUGCGGCUGUGUGGACUCCUCAGGCUCCUACCAUCCAGUAAAUGAGAGCUGGUAUCUGGAGGGCUGUACACAGAAGUGUACAUGUGAGGGUGGAGGAAAUAUUCACUGUUACAACACCAGCUGUCUUCCUACUGAGAGCUGCCAACUUCAAGAUGGAGACUAUGGCUGCAAACCACUUGGUACAGGCAUUUGCUCAGUUUCUGGUGACCCUCAUUAUAACACCUUUGAUGAUAAAGUACAUCACUUCAUGGGUGCCUGUUCCUACACUCUCACUAAGCCCUGUAAUGAGACCUCAGGCUUGCCAUACUUUUCUGUGCAGACACAGAACGAGCACAGAGACAAUAAUAAGAAAGUGUCUUAUGUAAGAUCUGUCAUCAUCAAUGUGCAUGACACAACCAUCAUUUUGGGCAAGGGGCGCAAAGUUCAGGUGAAUGGAGUUCAGGUCACUGUGCCUGUCACACUGUCAAAUAGUGUUAAGAUCUUCCUAAGUGGCAAAUUUGUGGUGCUUGAGACAGACUUCGGAUUGCGUGUCCGUUUUGAUGGAAACCAUCAUGCAGAUGUCACCUUGCCUUCGUCCUACAGCAGACUGUUAUGUGGACUCUGUGGAAAUUAUAAUGGUAAUCCUAAUGAUGACAACAUCAAGUCAGAUGGAAUGCCAACAGACAGCACCAAUGAGCUCGGAGAAAGCUGGCAGGUUCCUGACGACAGACCAGAUUGUACUCAUGGUGGAGGAGACAUUGAAUGUGAUGACAAGAUCGAGAGUGAAGCACAGAAACCUACUAGCUGUGGCAUGAUCACCGACCCCAAUGGAAUCUUCAAGCCAUGUCAUGAAGUGGUGCCUCCCAAUCCUUACUUUGAGAACUGUGUGUUUGAUCAGUGUGGCACUGGUGGCGCCACAGUGGCACUGUGCCAAGCUAUUCAAAGCUAUGCUGACCUGUGCGCUCAAGCUGGGGUGCCAAUUAACUGGAGGAAUAACACCUUCUGCCCUAUUAAAUGUCUGGUUGGUAGUCACUAUGAGCCGUGUGGUUCAGCCUGUCCAGCCAGUUGUCAGGACCCUGGAUCUGAAGGCACCUGCUUUGAGCCCUGUGUUGAGGGAUGUGUGUGUGACCCUGGUUUUGUCCUCAGUGGGGACAAGUGUGUGCCCUUCAGCGAGUGUGGUUGCACUGACAAAGACAACAACUAUAGGCCUGUUGGAGACAGCUGGUUCACGAAGGAUGAUUGCACAGAGCGCUGUGUUUGUUCACCUUUCAAUACAGUGACAUGCGAGGCAUGGCAAUGUGGUCCCGCUCAGGAAUGUAAGGUCAAUGAUGGUGAACUAGGCUGUGUGAACACAGGAGUGGGCAUUUGUCACAUUGCUGGUGAUCCUCACUACUACACUUUUGAUGGCAUCAUGCACACCUACAUGGGUACCUGCACUUACACGCUGGUGGCGAUAUGCGACACCUCUAUGGUGACACCCUUCACCAUUGUGGCCAAAAACGAAGAGCGCGGCCAACCAGAAGCUUCGUAUGUUCGCUCUGUGACCGUCUACCUGCCCACUGCCAACAUCACCAUCAGCAAGAAUGGAAGAGUACUGGUGAAUGAACGCAGGAUAAAGACCCCCUAUGACAUCAGUUCAGCCAAGGCGCGGGUGUUCACCAGUGGAGUAAACACCGUACUGGACACUGACUUCGGCCUGAUUGUGAAGUUUGAUGGAGUGCACCAUAUUGAAAUCACAGUACCUGGAGACUAUUUCAACAAGGUAUGUGGAAUGUGUGGUAACUACAACGGAGAUUCCUCUGAUGACAACUUGAUGCCUGAUGGCAAACCAGCCAACAAUGCCACUGAACUUGGUAACAGCUGGAAGGCAGAGGGAGACAGUGAUCCUGGGUGCAAACCUGAUGAACGGCCUGAUGACAAACCCAACUGCGACAAGAAAGAGGAAGAAAUCUACAAGUCACAGUGUGCGGCGUCUAUCUUAUCUGAUCUCUUCAAGCCCUGUCACUCUCUCAUUCCUCCAGAAUCUUUCCUGGGGAACUGCAUCUAUGACAUGUGCGAGUAUGAUGGCAUGCAGUCGACUCUGUGCGAUAACAUUGAAGCUUACGCCCAGGCCUGUCAUAGCGCUGGAGUCACAAUCAGCUGGAGAAACAGCACCUUCUGUCCUCUCCCGUGCCCACCAAACAGUCAUUAUUCUGAGUGCACAGCACCAUGUCCUCCUACUUGUGCCGAUCUCUUCCCCGUAUUCUGCCCAUUACCCCCUAAUAGUUGUGUCGAAGGCUGCCAGUGCAAUGGAGGUUUUGUGCUAAGUGAUGGCAAGUGUGUUCCCCUCUCAAGCUGUGGAUGUGUUGACAGCAAUGGAGAGUAUCAUGAUGUGGGAGAUUCGUGGAUAACUGACCACUGUGAACAGAGGUGCAGCUGCAGCCUUGGAGGAGUGCUGUCCUGCACGUCCUUUGAAUGCAAUGACAACUCGAUCUGCGAUCUUGACAGCAAUGGAGACCGUUACUGCAAACCUGAGAAAUUCGAUGACUGCAAUAUUGCUGGGGACCCUCACUAUCGUACCUUUGACAGAUACAAUCACCACUACCAGGGAGCGUAUACCUAUGUAUUAACUCAGAGCACCACUCUGCCAAGCUCCCUCACCCCGUUCACAGUCCGCGGCAAAAACCAGCGGCAGGGAGGCAUCAGCCGGGUGUCACUCCUGCGCGAGGUCUAUGUGGACGUAUACGGCAUUACUGUUCGCAUGCAGCAGAAGAAGAAAGUGCUGGUCGAUGGAGAGAAAGUUGGUCUACCAUUCAGUCCUGUACGUGGAGUUAACAUAAAAACAAAGUCUCGCUAUGUGAUGCUCACAACUGACUUUGGCCUUUCUGUGCGCUUUGAUGGCAAUGCUCAAGCAGUGGUGACUCUACCAAGUGUAUACAGAUCCCGUGUGCUCGGUCUGUGCGGUAAUUAUGAUGGAAACAACCGUAACGAGUACACAAAACCAGACGGCACAGUUACCCGCAACCUCAAUGAGUUUGGAGACAGCUGGAGAGUGACUGACAGACAGGCGGGUCUUCGUACCACAUCUCUACCAAAGAUGGUGCACCUACACAAGCGUGAAGUGGAGGCCGACCCAGAUUCAGGGUUUGAUACGACAGGCUGCACAGAUGCUCUGCUGGAGGAGCUGAACGGGAAUAAAAUGUGUGGGGCUCUCAGCGACCCUGCUGGUCCUUUCACUCCCUGUCAUGCUGUGAUCGCUCCGGAUGUCUUCCAGGAGGAUUGUGUGUUUGACCUAUGCGCUGAGCAGGGCAGUGAAGAGCUGCGCUGUGAAAAUUACGCCGUCUACGCUCGGGCUUGCCAAGAUCUGGGUGUCACACUAGGGCUGUGGAGACAAGAACUGAAUUGCGGUCUGCAGUGUGGGCCCAACAGCACUUACUCCCCCUGUAUGACUCCAUGCCCGGCGUCCUGCGCAGACCUGGCGGCUCCCUCUGAGUGUGAGCAAACACAGUGUGUGGAGGGAUGUCAGUGCGCCUCCGGCUUUGUCAUGAGCGACCAAGACUGUGUGCCUUACAGCGAGUGUGGAUGCACUUACCUCGAUCGCUACUAUCAGCUGAAGGAGACAUUUGUGACAGAGGAUUGUUCACAGAGUUGUGAAUGUACUACCACUGGUGCUGUGUGUCAAACAAAGAGCUGUGGAGACAACGAGAUCUGCACUGUGUACGACACCAAACGCGACUGUUAUAAAUCGAGUCCAUGUUUGAGCUCGCCCUGUCAGAAUGACGGUACCUGUGUGGAUAAACCAGAUGGUUCUGGUUAUACCUGCACUUGCACUGAAGGUUUUGAGGGCACAAACUGUGAGGUCUUUAAAAUCCCCUCCGAGGGAGGCCUGGAUCAAACAGCUAUUAUCUUGAUCGGAGUCCUCGUGCCGCUUGGCGUCAUCCUCAUAGUCACAGCAACUGUGUGCAUUUACAAAAAGUGCAGCCGCAAAACGAUGAGUUACGAUUCAAAUAAGCAAUUUGAGCUGAACAAAAAGACAGAUCAUCCUUAUGAAACUCUAGAUGAGGGUAAGAAGCAGGGAACAGACAACAGUGUGCUGAAGGCUACUACAUUCUGAAGCAAAACCUCAGUUUUUUGACAACGAUUUGCUGACGAGAUUUUGUUUAUAUUUAUUCAUUUUAAAUGUCUUUGUGGAAUAUGUGAACUAACUGGCAAAACCUCUGUUAAUAUUUUACAUUUUUCAACUUUUCAG